AUGCUCAGCUACUACGGCGGUCCAGCCGCAGCUGAGGCAUCGGGGUCGACCUCGACGGGCUCGACCAGUGCCAGUGGGUACGAGAGCUCAGCGGCACCGACGAGCAGGAGCAUCACCAGUACUGCCAGGGCGACGACCGCGACCGCGACGACGAGAACGACAACGAAGACGAAGGCGACGACAACCUGGACCCCAGAGGAUGAUGUACGCCUUCGUUACGAGCUCGAUCUCGCUGGGGGCAAAGUCAAGUGGUCCCAGGUGGCAUUACUGGCUUUCCCGGACGGUCGACACGACAAGGCGGAUUGUCAAGAGGUGAGUGUGUUUGGUGGUAUGGGCAUCAGUGCCUCGAUGCGGGUUCGUUGCCUUGUGUGGUCGUCGUCGUCGAUGCGACUCAGGCGCCAUCGGUCGCUGCGGCGCCCCCUCCGCUCCCCUGCGCCUUCCCCGGCCAAGCCGCGGCGUGCGCUCGGGAGGGCGGCCCGGCAAUCGCUCCCGUUCACCGAAAUGGCUCGGACCCAGGCUCCGGCUCGGGUUCGGGCUUCAAAGCUCUUCGGGGCCAAUCGUUCAGUCCUGGUUGUACUGGACGGGUCCGAUCGGGGUUGGCUCGGAUGGCGUGGUUUCGGCGGCACCCCCGGACGCGUCGUCGCGAGCGCGCGCGCGCGCGCAAGUCCACAAUUGGCGGACGCUGACUAGUGUGGGCUGACCUACGCACAACAGCGCUGGCGCAACAUGACGGUCGAGAAGCCUAAGCUACGCGGACCGUGGGCCAAAGAGGAGGACGACAAGUUGGAAUCCCUCGUGCAGCAACACGGGUCCGAGAAAUGGGUGAGUACCUAUGGCUUCGCUGCUUUCUCCGCUCGACUUGCCUCUGUCCUACUUCUCUCCGUCCGCUCUCUCCUAUCGCGUCUGGCGGCUGAGGGCCCCUUCCGACGGACACCCGCUGAUACGGUCAUCCAUGCGUAUGGCGGUAUAUAUCUACCAGGUUGCCAUCGCGCAAGAGAUGGGGACUCGAUCGGGCAAGCAGUGCCGUGAGCGGUGGCAUAAUCAUCUCGAUCCUUCAAGUGAGUUUGGCCCUCUCCUGACGCCGCGCGAAAACUAGCCGGUCAGCCUGGCCUCGACCCUGACAAGGCACCGCCACUCUUUUCCAACAGUCAACAAGGGCGACUGGACGCCCGAGGAGGAAGAGCUCAUCAAAACCAUGUACAUGAAGAUCGGCUCGAGGUGGGCCGAAAUGGCAAAGUACUUACCCGGCCGGCCCGACAAUGCGAUCAAGAAUCACUUCAAUGCGUGAGUCGUCCUCGACGGAGAACUAAGCGACAAACGAUCGAAAUCGAACUCAUGAAUCUUUUCGUGGCCCGGACUUCACAGCUCGAUUGGCCGUCCGCGGAAGCGUGGGUCUAGUAUUAGUUCUAUGACCGGAGCCCUCGACCUCUCCGACUCGUCUCAAGGCACUGCGAUGUCCCGCACAGCGUCCAACAGCUCCCUCGCCAGCUCUGGCUCCACCUCUGGAUCGGGCUUUGGCCGAUAUGCCCCCUACCAUCGCUCGUCCUCGUCCGUCUCGUCGACGGGUGUCUCGAAGGGGCGCAGCGACUCGAUCUCUUCGGUACACGACCCCUUUGGUCUUCCCGCGUAUUCUGCACCCACGGAUUACACACCGCAGUUCUCCUACGAUCAGCACGGAAUGCCACGGGGUGGAGGAGGGCAUAUGGCGUACGCGACGUCGAAUGUGUCCCACAUCCACCAUGCCCAUUCAAUGUCGCUGCCGCAUGCACCGCUAUCGCGCAGCUCCUACGCGUCCCCGGCCAGCGGCCACAGCAGUUCCGACGAAUCGACGGCGAUGACACCCGACAUGAUGAGGGUAUCGCUCCCCGGAUCUGCAGGACCAUCGGAUCGAUCUAUCCGGCCAGAGGUGUUCGCACGGCCCUACUCGAAUUCGACGCCCUCGAUCGCAAGCGAUUUCGCGUAUCCGCACUUUCCCUCGGGUCGCGAGCCGUCGCCGCUCGAUUCGAAUGCGUACAAUCCGAACUUACAGAUCGAAACGGAUGGCUCUGCGAUCUGGAACCAGCAGCAGCGACAUGACAGCUACUCUCGUUCAUCGACGUCGAGCGCCUCGUCAUCGUCGUCGUCGUCGAAUUCGCCGAAUCCGCACGCCAUAGCAUCGCUUCGUAACAGCCCCCACCUCAGCUUCGACCCCAACUCGCAUGUCGACUUCGACCCGAGCGUAGGAUUUGCGGGCCCGAUCGAGGUAGACCAGACGCAGUACGGGUUGUACUCGGACGAGGCCGCCGCUCAGGCCCACCAGCAAAUGUUCGCGUCCGCCGAUCGCUCGAUGUACCCCUCGGUGUCGGGGCAUUACCACACGCCCUCGGACACGGCCUACGACCAUGUCGCACCGUUCUCUGCGUCACAGGCAUUUUCGGCUCGACCAGCUCUGCAGCACUCGACGUCGCACGAGUCCAUCACGUUACAGCAGCCCGUCUACGAGCAGCAACCGGUGCAGGCACACGAGCAACAGCAGCAAGCGCCCCAGCAGCAACAUCAGCCUCCGUUCUAUGUGCAUCCCGGACACAUGGUCACCCCCGAUCCAGCGACGGGGUCCUACACAUUCAAUCCCGCUUCCAAACGAUCCGACUGGGGAGGUUUGGCCCCGGACGAUGUGCGUCACCAGUCUUCUCCCCUUGGCCAGCAGAGACGGGCGACCGGCCUCGCCGGAGCCUCUACCAUCUAUGCCGCUCCUGUCGAAAGCACUGCUGCGCCGUUCGUGUCGCAAGCGCAAGCACAAGCGCCAGCUCCGCAACCCGCUUUCGGCCUCGACUCGACGAUGGCGCAGCUCAGGCACCAAAAUUAUCGCGAUCCGGCAGCAUUCGACAGCCAUCCUUCGCCGGCGUCAUCCGACACCUCCUCCGGUUCGGGCCAGUCGAGCUAUUCGUUCGCGCCUUCCUCGAGAAUGCUCGACUCGUCCUCGCUGGGCCCGAAUGCUUCUCCCGCCUCCACGGCCAGUGACAGCGACCUCCCUAGCAUCCCGGCCGCCCUCUCCACUCAGAGUCCCAUUCUGGGUCAGGCUCAGGAUCGAGGUGGGGCUGCGCUCGGUAUUCCCUCACGACGCAACCGGGCUCGACCGCAAUCGCUGCAGAUCGUGACGACUGGCGGUGGCAGUCUGUCGAUUGCCGGAACCAUGGCACCUGGUUCCACGCGCGGGGCACUCUCUGCGGUCAUGCCCGAUGCGAUUGACCUUGAUGUUCCGACACCACGGGCGGCGACGAUGCAGAAGGGGUACUCUUCUCCCGGUGGUUUGCGGGCGAUGGAUGCGCUGCGAACACGACAGGUCGAGGAAGGUCGCACUCCGACGACGGCGGGCGAGGCCUUGCAAGAUCAGCAGCAGUGGUACAAGAAGUCGACGGCCACUCGCUCGCCUGUGCCCCUGAGCCCGAACCAAACCUCUUCGAUCUUCCAUCCGACCAGCGACUGGAUGGCGACGGACUCGAUGGGUCGAGCCAGCUUGCCCGGAAGCAUCGGGAUGUGA